GAGAGAGUCGAUCGCGUUUCGUUUGUUUGCCGAGUUCCGUCCUCGAUAUCCAGAGCAUCGGGAUUAUUCCGGGUUCGCAGUGCAAGUUAGCUGACCAACAGGACACACAGUCCUGUGGAAUCGUUUUAGUGAUCUUGAUUUACGUAGAGAAAGUGAAAUAUUUUGAAUUUUAUAAGACAAAAUUGGAAAAUUUAUUUCGAGCUUCCGGAUUAUUAUUUUUUGAAUACUUUGACUGUGGUUUACCUACCUGGACGGGAGAGAACGCAUUUUAUCAGCCACCAUGUCGUUUUGCAAUCUCGUUGUUGGUGCGCAUCGCCUUGACAAGACGGCCUUGACGGAUCUGUCAACGCAGCAGACAACAAUAAAGAAGGAAACAAUAGACCCGACAGAAGAAGAUCAAACCAAGCCAGCAGCGUCGUCGUCGUCGUCGUCCGGAGGAACUUUGGGAACCGGUGGCGAACGUCAAUCCCUCAACUGGGCCGACCAGGUCAUCAAGGAGGAACAGGAAGAGCAAGAAAAUCGCUAGCGAAGUCGUCGAGCAGCACCGUAAUGCAAACCAACUCCGACAGCCAAAUGUCCUUGGACGACAGCAACAACACCAGCGGCAACCGGCAGAUCGAGAUCGACAUUCUUGAUUCCGCCAACGUGCAAAAGUACGAAAAGUUGAUCCGCUGCGACAUGAUCAAGUCCCCGUUCAAGCGGCGGCUGUCCGGCGGUGGCGACGAAGGGGACGAAGACGACGGUGACAGCAAAGACCGCGACCUGGCACAGCACAAAAAGACCAAAACGCACGAGGAUGACCACGGGCGGGAACGGUUCCGGCGGGAGAGUACCGACUCGGGCGAUGGCAGCAGCCAGAGCAGCCGGCGCCCGGUCGAGUACGAGAAGGACAUUGAGGUGCUGGUGCGUCGCCAGAAGCAGAUCGAUUACGGGAAGAACACGCUCGGCUACGAAAACUACCAGCGGCAGGUUCCGAGGGAGCAGCGCACCAAGGAGCAUCCGAAGACGCCCCCGAAGCACAUCAAGUACAGCCGCCGGGCCUGGGACGGGCUGGUGCGGGUGUGGCGCAAGAAGCUGCACUGCUUCGAUCCGGAUGCGCGACCCGACAACGAUGGCCCCGCUGAAGACAACUAAUCGGAUUGCGGAACCCGUUUUUUGCGCGCUUUUCUAUUCUCGCAUUUGAUCGCGUCGUUGCCACUGUUUUGUUUUUUUUUCAUCCUCCCUCUCCCCUAUGGUUGUUGGAAGCAACCACAUGCCUGCUGAUAAAUAUACAUUAUUAAUCGUAAUAUUUAGAUAAAAUACCUUUAUUUAUAUGUAACCCGUUAAAGUAAUCCACAUGUGCUAAACACAAUAAGUGUGUGAAGUGAAUCAAAGAACGUAAUAAAACAAAACUAUGUUAACUGAA